GCACUCUCGUCCCCAGGCAUUGCAAUCCCGCGGCCACUGCUCAGUUAGGUGCGCGUCCCUAGUGCCUUCAGUCAGUCGGCCAGCAACACUGAGUAGGUGCACGCUACCAGUCUCUUCAGUCAGUCUCCCAGCCCCACUGAAUCCAUCAUGUCACUUGCCAGCGGCCACAAAGUUGUUCCUCUGGAGGGGGAGGAGCUGGCCAAGCAGAAGAAGGACUUUAUUGGCCAUAAAAGUGGUCUCGUCCGCCUCAAUCCCGAGAGAUGGCUCUUCACGACUGCUUUCUUGAAGUAUGGUGACAAAUAUUACAACUUUAAGUUCGAGCCUAACGACGUGCUCUUGAUGACGUGGCCCAAGUGUGGCACGACGUGGAUGCAGGAGAUCGUGUGGACGAUGAGGAACAACCCCGACCUUGGCCAUGCACUAGCUUCCCUGUCCACCAUGGCCCGCUCUCCUUUUAUCGAAAUGGACUUUUUUCUUGACGAUCUCGUUGACUUUGAAAAUGUGGCUGAAUCUCCCUUGUUGAAGAAUUUCGAUAUAGCGUGUCCCGGGAGGAACCCGAGGGAUGGAAUUAUGCUCCAGAUGGCCGAGCUGGCGUCUCCGCCCCGCACCUUAAAGACCCACCUGCCGCUCUCUCUGUUCGCGCCCUCGCUUCUUGAGACUACUAAGGUGGUGUACGUGGCCAGGAACCCCAAGGACGUGGUGGUCUCCUUCCACCACCACUCACGAAUGAUCAAGGUGCACGGAUACGUGGGAUCCUUUCCUGAUUUUGUCCAGUACUUUGUGGACGACAACUUGGCGUACGGGCCGUACUGGCUUCACCUGAAGGAAGCGUGGGAGAAGCGACACCACCCCAACCUGCACUUCGUCUUCUACGAGGACCUCAAGGAGGACAUUAUGGGAGAACUAAGGAAGCUCAAUGACUUCCUCGGCACUGAACUAACCGACAAUCAGCUCAAUAACGUGGCGAAACAUUCCAGCUUCAGCGAGAUGAAAGCUAGAGAUGCAAUGGGGUUAGACAAAGAUGAAACCCUUUGUGACCAAAAAGUGAUCAGUAAAGAAGGAGGCUUCUUCAGGAAAGGAGAGACUGGAAGCUGGAAGGCAAAACUCACGCCAGAGCUGGAGGAUAAAGUUGACAAGUGGAUUACCCGCCACCUAAACGACUUCGGAAUCAACUUUAAAUAUUGCCUGUGAGCGACAUGACCCCUUACGGCGCUGACCACGUAGCUAAGGUCAGCGGCCAGAUGCUGCGACGCGGCUACUGCUCUCACUAUCACCAUUCUCAAUGCUCACUUGAUACACAUUUUAAAUUAAGAUUUCACUUAUUUAAAAAAAAAUAAUAAAUUUGAAAGGCAAAAUUUUAAAUGUCCCUCUGUAACCCUUUCCACUACCGCCCACAAGAUGGGUAUGAGGUGCAUAAUAAAUGAACUAAACUAACUAAAUAGUAUAUAUAUAUUAAACAUGCAACAAAUCGCAUGAAAUAUAUUAGGUACUGUUUAUGUUGGAUAUGAUGUUAUGAUACAUGAUUCAGCAUAGCGUUGCCUGAAACGCUAUAUAGAAUUAUGUAAUCCAGAAUUAAUCGUAACAUUUUGUUAGUGUUCACCAAAAAACAUUGUCAUUUUCUCUUAAAAAAUCAAAGAAAAUCGUAAAUAAUUUAAGAUAACCUAAUAACAAAAUGGAAAAAAAUGUUUUAAAACAUUACAUUUUCGUAAUAUUUUAGUAAAUGAUAAUACCACUUGUUUUAAAAAAAAAUAAUUAAUAACUUUUAUGUAUAACAUGGUUUAUCUUUUUUUAUGCAAUAGCCAGAUAAGUGUAAAAAUCAUGAUAAUUAUUGGCAUUUUUUUAUGAUCAAAACCAAAUUCACCAAUUUGCAAAUUGGAAAAAAAAAUAAAUAAACCGUUUUCUAAGAGCUUGGGUGUA